UAUACAGUUUUCAACCGUUGUCACAUAACUUUGCGUCCCUCCCAUGCUCCUACACUGCAGACAUGGCUGACAAGAAACCUAAAGGGACGGAUGCCCCCUUCGCAACAAGGAUAGACCCGACGAAAGAGGGUCUCUCUAAAGAACAGCUACAUUUUAUAAGACAGGUGGAACUUGAGCAGUGGAAGAAGAGAACACAGAAGCUGAAGGUGCGAAAUGUUGUGACAGGACUCGCCAUCGGAGCAAUCGUAAUGGGAAUCUAUGGCUACACAUUUUACUCAGUCUCCCAAGAGAGGAUCAUGGAUGAAAUCGAUGAGGAGGCCAGACGUGCAAAAAUGCAAGGACCAAAGACUGGCGCCAACUGAGAUACAUGUGGCCUGCUGUUGGACUGCGUGCCUGCCCCUGAAAUAUUUGGCACUUAAAAGAAAAGGGACUUUUGUGUCAUAAGCAGUCACUGAUUUUCCAUGAGUGGCUUCUGUCAUGUUGGGGCAGCACCGGAUUUUGUUUUGUCUUGAUUGUGCAAAAGGUUCUGAGUUGCUCUGUUGCUGAAUUAAAAUGAAAUAUGUCUCAUGAUUUAAGUUGCCUGUCAGUGGAAAGGACUCAUCCACUAACCUUAGCUAACAUACAUGCUGCUUUAAAGGCCCACACUGUAGAGAUCCUCAACAUUGCCUGACAUCAGUGCACCUUAAUUAUUUAAUGUGCAAAUGAAGUUCAGUCAGCCAGUUAAUUCUACAGUGACCUUUAAAGGGAGAGAAUGCCAGUGACACUGCUGAAAUGACACACACAGAUCAAUCUGUAAAAACUGCAUAUUUAUAUUGAUAAAGUGUUUGACUUGUAAAAUAAAAAUGUAUUUGAUUUCAUAAGUAACCCAAUCAUGUGAUGCAUCUUUGCAGAGUAAAAUAGUAAAAUGGGUACAAAGUACUUAAAAAAAAAAA